AUGGGUGAUCAUGUCCUCUUCUUCUAUGAUGCUAAAGAAAGGACAGGAACAUUAAUGGCCCCACAAAUGAUAUACCGUGUCAUAUACGGCCGCCCAGAUCCGAAGCAAUGGCAGAAAUCCCGGCUACGCUUCCAACCAGCUUUGCUACAUGGUUACCAGCGUCAUAGGGUCCGCGAUGCAGACUAUCCGGGUAUUGUACCCGUAUCAGAAGCACAAGAAAAAGACCAGGCAUCAAAGUCAUCAUUAAAGACAUCCGUGCUAGGCACAAUCGUCUACGGACUCUCAGAUGCCGACGUCCAGCGACUAGAUCAGUACGAGGGUAGCGACUAUGCCCACAAGACAGUCUGGGUUCGAACUCUGCAAGAUUCCCAGCACGAAGAAGAUCUAGCGGGAUCCAGUGUCGAAAAAACGUUGCGCCAUAUUUUGGAUGCGGCUGGGACUGAGUCUAUGGAGGAAGGGGAGGAGAUCGAGGCUGUGACUUAUCUCUGGGUUUCGCCGCGGGAAGAGCUAGAAGAGGCUGAGUGGGAUUUUGAGCAUUUCAAACGGGAGAAGAUGUCAUGGUGGAUUGGAGCGGAUGAGAGUGAGUGGUAG